AUGCAAAAGGCAAUGAAAAGCGCAGAAUAUAUAAAAGCUAAUAAUGACUGGUUAGAUGCCCAAGCCAACGCUAAAGCAGCCCAACUUAUAGGGUCAAUAAGGACAAAAAUACAAGCGGAUGAAGACAGUUCAAAUGAAGCUUUAAUGAAUGCUGACUUUAAGAAUGCCUUCGAAGCUCUUCAUAGUAAGGUGAAACUAGUGAACGACUUCUCAUCUGGAAAGAAACUGAAGUCUGAAGGUUUCGACAAAGAGUUAAGAGAAGUAGCACAAAAUAUGACGAAAAUAACAGAUGCAGCAACGAGACAGGCAGUUCAAAGUGCCUAUGACGCCGUUAGAGCAACUGUUGUGGAAAGUCAAGAAAAAGAGUUACAACAGACCAAAACAGACCUAGUAAAUGCUUUCUUAAGAACGAAAAGUCAGGUAGGACAUUAUGCUGCAGAUGGAACAUAUGUGCCAGCUGGUGGAACUUAUAUACCACCAAACCCUCCAAGAGAAGCACCUGCACCAGGACUACCUAAAACAUUUACAUCGUCACAUGGACACAGACACAGGCAUGCACCAAAACCAACACAACAACCAACAGUUCAAAAUCCAGCACCACAACAACAACCAAAACCAACAGUUCAAAAUCCUGCACAACAACCAACAGUUCAAAAUCCAGCACAGCAACCAACAGUUCAAAAUCCAGCACCACAACCAAAACCAGCACAACAACCACCUCCACAACCAGCACAGCAACCAACAGUUCAAAACCCUGCACAACAACAACCACAAACAGAGCAAGGACAUAAAAGAAGUAGAGAAAAAGGAAACCAAGAAUUCUUAAAAAUGCUUAAGGAAGAUUAUGGUUACCCAGAUACUCUUGACUUUAGUGACAGAUAUAAAGAAGCUAUUAGAAAGUUCAAGGAAGGAAAUACUGACCCGAACCUAUUUAGCUUUAUG